CCAUUAUGUGAUAGUAUACAUUGGGUGUGUUUCUUUCUGACGUAGAAAAUACUGUUUACUGUUUUUAUUUAAUAUAUACCUACUCAAUACUGAAACUGACAUUUUGCAUUUGAUGUUUGACUUGUGACGACGCCUGUAAGUUAGAAAACGCAAAGUUUUAAUUAAGCUUUGCUUAUGCCGGUUAAUAACGAAGUACUCUGUACUCUGCGAAAUAUUGUUUGCGUCUAUCGUCAUACCGCAUCUUAGGACGGGUUACAAUUAAUAGAACAUAAUUAGACGUUAACAUAUCGAGUUGUUAUUCUGUCGAGUGUAUGUUUGCUGUACACAAACAAACGUUAUCAAGCACAAUUCUAGAUUACCAAUCAUAAAAAAAGAGUGUCUACAAAAAUGUGCAGAAUCACAUGCCCAAGUAAUGUGGAGUGUCGCAUGAGAAUAUUGGAAUCAAUGUCUUUGUAUGCGUAGAGUUUCAAUUGCUCGCAUCUUUUUGGUGAAAAGAGAAACGUUAACAAGACUAAAAGUUCCCCUUAAAAGAUGCAUGGAUUUAUCGAACUAAUUUUGAACAGUGCUUUAUUGUGGAUGUUUCUAGAAGUUCUCUGGAGCAUUUUAAUAAGUGUUUUUUAUCAUUUCUGCGUACCGUGGAUUGUUUGGGGUUCUAUCAUUAUCAUAGUCGGAUUAAAAAUAGCCAAGAACCCACAACCAAACGUACAAAUUGUACAGGAAGUGCUUGGUGUUGAUCCCCUUUUGCUGACAAAAGAUAAUACUGUGUCCAAGGAACAUGGUAACGGAGAACAGUUUUGCAUGCGAGUGGUGGCUCAUCGUGGUGGAGGAUACGAUUUCCCUGAGAACAGCUUAACAGCUUUUCGUAAUAGUAAGGAAAGAGGCUGCAAUGGAGUUGAACUUGAUUUAUGGUUAACAAAAGAUAAUGUACCCAUAGUAUUUCAUGAUUCAACAAUAGACAGGGUUACUGGAAAAUCUGGGUAUAUUAGAGAUAUGACAUGGGAUCAAUUACAGACAUUAGAUAUUACACACAAUCAUCCUCUCAAGGAUAAGUUUGUUGACGGUGAAAAAAUUCCAUUAUUCCACGAUGCUUUAGAAAUGUGUUUGAAAAAUGAGCAAAGAAUAAUUAUAGAUAUAAAAGACAAAAGAUUUGAAGUUGUGCAAGCAGUUUUAGAUGCUUACAAAAAGUAUCCGAAAUUAUUCCAAAGAGCAGUUGUAUCCAGUUUUAAUCCUAUCAUUGUAUAUAUGAUUAGAAGAAAAGAACCCAAAAUUGUGGCAUGCCUCGCAUGGCGACCUCAAUAUUUUUCGAGAGCUUCGUAUCUAGGUUUUGAUGGUCCAGGGCCAGCACGAUAUAAUAAUAUAUUCAAAUACAUGGCCGCUUGUCUAUUAGAUCAUAUAUAUGAAUGGGCAUUUUACCAUUUUGUAUACUACGUUGUUGGCGUUUCUAUUAUUCUAUUACAUAAGGACACGUUAAGUCAGCGUGUUGUACAACAGUGGCAUAAUCGUGGUGUUCGUGUAAUGGCAUGGACGGUAAACUUACCAUCAGAAAAAUUACAUAUCUCACGAUUACUUAAAAUUACUUAUUUGACAGAUACAUUAUUACACGAAAAAGAUAUGUAGUAUCAUAUUAUAUGUUCUAUGUAACAUAUAUAUUUUAUACUAUUGGCACAUGGACCAUUAGAUACAAUAUUCUAGUCUAUUCAUCAAAACGAUGAAGUGUAUUUAUAUGUUACAACAAUUUGGUGUUUAUUUCGUAGAUAUACAAACAUUUUCUUUUAUUUCCAUUUAAAUUCUAAACAUAUAGGCACUAAUUUUUCUAACGAAAGAAAAUAACCUUUUUUUUAUAGUACCUAAUAUAUUGUUUUAUUAUCUAUAUUUUUCUAUUACAUAUAUUUAAUAUGCAUUUAAAACGAUGUAAAAAUAAUUUAUCCUAACGUUACGAAAUUGUCAACGAGAAAUUAAGCACGCACAAAUUUUAAUUAUCAUAGAACUGAUAUUUAAGCUAACUGUAAAAUCGUAUUUUAAUGUGCUACUUACAUAUAGUGACUUCUCUAUUUUUGUUUAAAUAUGAGAGAAACUACUCAAAUUAAUGCUAACAUUGCAUAUUACGCCUACUAGCAUGAUUACAUAGUAUUUUUUACUAACAUUGGUAUCGCUAAUCUAUAACGAGAUUUACCUUGCAGACGGAGACAUUUAUUUCGUAAAUAUUUACUUUGGAAUUGAAAAAUCGCUGUUUGUGAUUCAGAAAUUCGUCACACAAUAGUAGUAAGCUUACUUUUACGAGACUCCAUACCCUGAAUGAGUCCCGUUAAUAAAUCUUCCAUUUCCGUUGUAGCACGUUUCAAUUUACAAUUAUCGUUAGCAACGUAAGAAUCUGCAACAAUAAUUUGUACAAAAAUAUUUAUUUACGAUAAGAACAAUUUGUACCACUAGAAUGUAAUAUCUUACCAUCGAGUAAACAGUCGUCUGCAACCAUA